AGAGGAAACAAAAAAGAGAGAGCGUUUCGUUUUUCUCCGGAAAUGAUGUGACAAAAGUGGGUUAAGUCUGAGGUUUCUUCGACUUGUCUCUCUAUACCAACAACACUCAACGAGUACGAGACCAUCAUCACAGAAACACCCAAUAAAGGAACAACAGAGAAGUUUUGAUUGAAUAAUAACACUUCCACAGUGACAAGGAUAUAGAAUCCGCUUCCUUUCUGUCGAAAAGAUAGAAGAUUACAGUGGCUACACUACAAUGCCUGCGUCACAUGAUGCAUCGAAUUACGAUGAGGUUUCUAUGCAACAAAGCAUGCUCUUUUCUGAUGGUCUUCAGGACUUGAAGAAUUUGCGUGCGCAGUUGUAUUCGGCAGCUGAGUAUUUCGAACUAUCUUACACUACCGACGAUAAAAAGCAGAUAGUUGUAGAGACACUGAAAGACUACGCUGUGAAGGCUUUGGUGAAUACAGUUGACCAUUUAGGCUCUGUUACAUAUAAAGUGAACGAUUUUAUUGAUGAUAAAGUCGAUGAAGUAUCAGAGACCGAACUACGAGUAUCUUGCAUCGAACAGAGGCUAAGGAUGUGCCAAGAGUAUAUGGAUCAUGAAGGGCGUUCACAGCAGUCACUUGUGAUCGACACUCCAAAGUUCCAUAAACGAUACAUCUUACCCGCUGGUGAAAUUAUGACUGCUACCAAUCUUGAAAAGCUUAAAUACUUUGGAAGCAGUUUAGAGGAUGCAGAUGAUUGGAACCAAUUCCGAAAUGCUGUUCGUGCUACAAUCCGGGAAACACCUCCACCACCUGUUAGAAAAUCAACAUCUCAGACUCCAUCUCCACGGCAACCACCUCAACGAUCAGCAACCUUUUCGUUUACCUCCACCAUUCCGAAGAAAGAACAAGAUAAGAGAUCAGUUUCACCGCAUCGGUUUCCACUACUAAGAUCAGGAUCAGUCGCUACCCGGAAGUCAGCAUCAAUCAGCCGACCAACGACACCAAGCAAGAGCAGAUCUAUAACUCCUAUACGGUAUCCAUCAGAACCAAGAAGAUCAGCUUCGGUCCGAGUCGCAUUCGAGAAAGAAAACCAGAAAGAAACAGAGCAGCAACAACCGAGCAAGAGCAAACGAUUGCUUAAGGCUUUGCUUAGUCGACGCAAAACCAAGAAAGACGACACUCUCUACACUUUCUUGGACGAAUACUGAAAAUGCCAAUACCGGUUUAUCUGUGGAAGCGCGUUACUAAACCGGAAAAUUGUGGAUUUCCUAUUUUUUCUUUUCUCUUUCUAUAUUAUUAAUAUAUUUUAUAAUAUAAAGAAAAAUAUAUAUAUUUAUACUUUGUUGUUAAGAGUAUGUAAACCGAAAUACUAUUAAUAGUAAAUGGAAUUCCUACAAUUUUUUCUUUGCUAAA